AUGGCCAAUGGACCCUACGACCAUUCUACCCUUUACGAUGAUAUCCAUAGAAUCUUUACAUCUCCAGCCUCUCGCCCAGCUAGUAAUCCUUCCACAGAAAACAUUGCCUUUUCAUACGGAUCUGCAGCUCCAAACCUAACCCACCACAUGGACCCUGACCAUCCACCUGCUCGCAUCUCGCGAGAUCACAGCGUUCUCGGCUUGCCCCAAGAGCUUCAGUCCCCAUAUCACCCACGCACUAGCACAGAUCUUAGCACUACUUCCAGUAGCGUGCCUCCAGUCUCAGUUCCUGCACCACGGGACACGUAUGCGAACCGGGCAGCCAAAGCGACUGGAGGCGCGCUGGCGCGCUUCGGUAAAGUCAUAAUUGGCGCAAAUAGCAGUAGCAGUAAUAAUAAUAAUAACAAUAACGAUUAUGAAAAUGAAAGAGCUCCUUAUAGUGAAAGCGCAGUUUCUUCUGGCCGCAAUUCGGAUCCUCCAAGUAGAGAUAAUAGCAUCAGUGGAAGUUUCACAGGUUACGCAAGUUUUGGCCACCAAAACCCUCAAAUCCAACGGUCUCUCAGUACAGCGCCAGGAAGCAGUAGACCUCUUUUAUCGCGCGCAAAUUCGGCAUCAAUAGUUAACCAAUUCUCUACCUCCUCGUCUCCUCGUCAAUUAAGAUACAUGGAAACUAAAAAAAAGGAUUUCCGAUACUAUGCUCGAAACGAGAUUCUGGCUAUGGGCCCCUCAGCAACAGAACAUGCAGUCGCAAUUGCCGGUAAGGACUUUUUCCAGAUCCUCCGUAUCGAUAACGACUCGGCCACUGCUGCUCAAGAUAUCCGCAGUAUCCAGGACAGCAGAAACAGAGACUUUGACAAGCUACACAAUGUCACAGACCUUUCCUGGGGUCGUCAAGAGUAUCGUCACACCAUAGCUCUGUCCACCUCAGGAGGCCAAAUUCUUGUCUACAAUAUUGAUAAGCAAUCCCCCAAACCAGUUUCAAGAAUUAACGACUCCAACCGUACAAUUAACUCCAUCUGCUUCCAUCCGUACUAUGGCUACAAUCUUGUGUCUGCCGGAGGUGAUGGAAGUGUUAAAAUAUGGGAUCUAAGACAAUCUAAAAGGAAACCUGCCAUUUCAUUUCUUAAAAGUGGAGACGUGGUCCGCGAAGUUCAAUGCUCUCCCUUUGAUAACAACAAAUAUGCCGCAAUCUACGACUCGGGUGCAGUCAUGCGUUGGGACUCACGAUACCCACGGUUGGUGGACCGCAGAAUAAACGCCCACUCAGGAUCCGGCCUCUCAUUUGACUGGCAUCCAGAGUACGACUACAUCGUCACUGGAGGAAUUGACCGGCAAAUCCAAAUCUGGUACAUGAACUCGGAAAAUAGAAACCCUGACCUUGUUAUCCAGCACCCAGCUCCUGUUGCAAAGGUCCGUUGGCAACACGAUAUCUUAAACUCAACAGCUUCAUCAAAAUAUGGCGUUCUCAACACUGACAUUGCGUGCUGCAACAUGAGUCUUUAUGAUAAUGGCAUUUAUAUUUGGAACCCUCGCAGACCGCAUAUCCCACACUAUAUAUUGGAACCUCAUACUAAAGCUGUCACCGAUGUGUUUUGGCGCUCGCAAUCUACUCUUUGGAGUAUUUCCCGAGACAAAACCUUUUCCCAGACUGUUUUGGAUCCAAGCCAUAUGACCAUCAAACGUCUCAAUUCACAGGCUUUUUCAUGGUCCCAAGGUGAUACUUUUUCCUUUGUUGCCCAAGACCGUUACGAAGAGCUUUACGACAAAGACCCAGGACACGAACUGCCAGCCGGUGCCGGCGGGACAAACGUUUCGGCAGCUGCAUUGACUGCCGCUGCAACUGCUGCUGCUGUUGCUGCCGCCUCCGAAGAUGACCGCCGUCGUGGGAGCUCUUCAAACCUGUCAGUCUCUGCAACUGGCUCACGUAAACCUCUUCCUCCAGUCCCUGCUCCUCCAUCAACAAAACAAUACCAGGCUGUUUAUUCAAUGAGUUUCCCCGGAGGGUCGUCGGAAUCUUUCCAAUUCUGUGCAGAAAACUAUCUCUACUAUGACAGUACUCCUAGUCUAAACGCACUGCGCAAAUCAACCACAGAUCCUGCCAUUGAUAUAAAUACCACUACAGGAAUGCGUGCUGUGCAAAUUUGCGAAUACAAUGCAAAAGCUGCCGCACUGGCCGGUAAAUUCAGAACAAGUCAAACAUGGUACAUGCUCCAGGAAGUCAUUGGACAAGAACGGGUUGACUUUUUGAAGCAAUAUAAUAAAAAUCUAAUCAACACUGGCAACCAUAGCGGAUCACUUCUCCAGCCAUAUGCCUCUCGCAUCCUUGAAAGCCUAAAAUCGGUUGAGGUUUCCCCCCUCGCGCUUCCAGCCGAUGAUUCCAGCUUGAAAAUUACCCGCGAACUUUCCCUCGAUAAAUUCCGCAAGGGAUCCACAGUGAGUUCCCUAAGCGGGCUUAGAAACUCAGAUAAUCAACAAACCCUAAGUAUAGCGGCUACAAUGGCUCUUGUCGGUGGCCCAAUCUCAGCUCUUGCAGAUACAAGCAACCUUGCUCCCAUUUUAAGCUCCGAAGAUUCUUCUUUCCAAGACCAUACAUACACCAAGGAUGAUAUUAUAUCUUCGGGAGAAAGUUCAUCAAGUCCUACCUCAGCACAAAGACGAACCUCCGUGCCGUUUACCACUGCAUCAUCUCCUGCAUAUAUUCAUAAAAAGGCUUCCUCAAAUGCCAGCUCCGAAUUCCCAUUAUAUUUUGACCAAUUGAGCCAAGAUCGCGAUUGGAAUCGCAAAAACCCAAAAAUGUAUCCUCGCAAUCACACAUCAUCCCCACGUAUGCCAUACAUGUCUAAUAGUGAAAGUAUGGGUGAUUUGACAGCAAUGUAUAGCUCACGACACGACCCCAAGUUUAGACGGUUCCGACGAAGAGACACACAUGACGGCAUUCUGACUCCACAAGAGCCCGCAAAAAGACCCCUGACAACGUACAACAAUGGCGCUCAAAGCGAUAGCGAAAGCGAAAGUGUUAAUGAUAGCAGCAGUGCGUCGCGCGGUGAUGAUGACGACGAAGUCAAGUCGGCUCCUGCAGGCCGCGCGUCGAAUAUCGAGCAGUAUGACAUUGAAAGAGCUAUGCUGGCAUACGCAAGCUACGAAUCAGAAGCUUCAGACCGGCCACGCAAUGGAAGUGAGGGAAGUACAAUUCAAAGGUCUGCUAAUAAAUCCACAAACAGCGCCAGGGAAAGCAGCGACAAACCCGACCUGUCGUCCGAUGAAGAUGAAAUUUCUUCUGGGUACGAGUCUCGCAACGAAGAAAGCGGAUAUCCUAAGGAUACCUUUGAUUCAUCUGAAAAUGAUGCUCUGUCGAGUUCCGACGUUGGCUCUUACGAAUCUGAAGAUGAAUCAAGUAGCAUAGAAGCAGAGCCGAUCCGACGCAUCACUUCAAAUGCCACUAACAAAACUACCAACAGUCUUCUCUCGCGGCCGUCUAUGAAACAACGACGUUUAAGUCAAGGGUCUUCACAUUACUCUGUCCAUAGCAAGCACAGUCUUUACUCACACCGCAGAUUGCACGGGUUCAAUAUGGCGCACUACCUAAAUCACAAGACAAGGAUGCACCCGAUCCUAAACACCCAUCACAUUCGUCCGUACCUGCACCACCAUAUUCAUCAUGCAAAAUCCAAAAACCAAAAGCCUGGGACUCCGCUGGAGGGCAUGGCACAUGCGGUUACUGUGCCCGACCUGACCAAGCUCUACCGUAUUUACCAGCGCAAGCUGCAGCACCCUUGGAAAGCCGAAAAUAUGGUAGCGCAAGCCGCAUGGUACGCCAUUUCCCAGGGCGACAUCCAAUUGGCAGCAACGCUCGGCAUGCUUUUUCUACGUGAUUACCCAGGGGCUUUUCACCAUAAAAAUAGCGAGGGGUUUGAAUUUGAGUUUGGCGACCUCGAAGAACACAACGACUUGGCGCCCCCUGAUGUCCGUCUUAGUCCGCGGUCCGGCGUGCCGAGCUCGGACCCUUAUUAUGACCAUGUGGGCGAUGCAUUUGACGACGAAAAGGAAAAAGGUCUGUGUGAAGAGGGCGAGCAGGUAGUGGAGGAGUGGGUACACACAUACCUGCAAGACCUGCGGAAACACGAGCAGCACGUUGUUGCUGCAGAAAUCAUCAAGCUGUCGCCGUUUGAUACUGUGCGGCAGCGCGGACAGAUUGAAACGGCAAUGGAUAGUGUGUGUCACCGGUGUGCGGCGCCGCUCUCGGAAAACGGGGCAGCGGCUCAGGCCGAAAUGCUCGACAUGGAGCUACGCGGUGUCGCACUCGAGCAGCGGCUACCAACACUGGUCGAUGAGGUGCGCCAGUACACAGACGAAGAAGAAGAUGAGGAUGAUGAUGAGGACUCAGAUAAACGGUUGAUGGGAGAAAUUGUAGCAAGAUACACACGAUCAGAACGCGAGUACCAGCAGGUGCACGGACAUGGAGAUCGCCACCACAGCCAUCAGCAAGAGAAGGGCCUAAAGGGAGCUGUUUUUUCGCCGGCACCAGGUUCAUCAUCUGCAGUUGAAGGUGUUCCGCCACGCGUAGAGUUCUGGUACUGCAGCAGUUGUCAAGAGCUUCUGGAUGGGUGCGCGUACUGCCGGUUACCUGUCAAAAGUCUUGGUGUCAGUUUCUUUGAGUGCGGCCAUAAGGUGCAUGCGCAGUGUUUGCAGGACUGGGCUCGUGAGUGUGGCGAUAUCCCGGACCCCACGGAAAUCAAGGAACCCCCACCAGAGAAUGUAAGUGUCAUUGCGGCCCCGAGAGGCGGAGCCCUGGGUGCACCUUUCGGGGCUACUCCUAACCAGGGCCUUGCGCGAAGCCACACGUCUGUUUAUGGUCCCAAUGGUGCGCCAUUAUUAGGUGCACCGUCUGCGCAAACGCCCAUGUCGUCAGCCGUUGCUGCGUCCUCUGCCGGAUCUUCUUCUGCUGCUUCUGCGGCGGCGGCGGCGGCAGCAGCAGCAUCAGCAGCGGCAGCGACAGCAGCGGCAAAUAAUGGCAACGGGCAAUAUAAUUUCCAGCGCAGUUAUAGUGCCACGUAUAUGCCCUCGAGCUGGUUCCCGAGUUCGUCCUCGAGACAACCGGCACCACCAGCUCCAUCGCAACAGCUUUCCGCGUCGCCUGUGGUUGCACCUGCCGCACCUAUGCCUGGAAUCCAGUCUGCACAAAGCUCGCCGAAGAUGAUGCAUCAGCGGCUCUUUGGUGGUAGUAUUGGGGCUGCAUCUACACCGUCGCCUGCCAUGAAAACGACGUUCCGUCCUGCGCUAGAGUGUCCGACUGGGUGUGGAGCGGUUUUGGUUAUUUAA